ACCCAAAUUUGCAUAUCAUCUUUAUCCAUAUCAAUUGCGCCCCACGUGAGCCAAAGCUACGUCCCGCGUGGUGCUCUGAUUUCAAAACCAAAAACUGCAUCAAAUCAAAGGCAAACUACCAACAAUCUUUAUCCAUAUCAAUGGCAGAAGCAACAAAAAGGUAUAGUAUACAAUUUUCUUUAAUUAGCCAAAUCUUUCUUCAACCACAUAAUGACCUUGUUAAUCUUGUCUGUAGGUAUGUAGUUGUGACAGGAUCAAACAAAGGAAUAGGAUUUGCAGUAUGCAAACAAUUGGCUUCUGAAGGAAUCACUGUUGUGCUUACUGCAAGAGAUCAAAACAGAGGUCUUGAAGCUGUUCAGAAAUUGAAACAGCUUUCUUUGCCUGGUCUUGUGCUUUUUCAUCAACUUGAUGUCACAGAUCUUGUUAGUAUAAGAUCAUUUGUAGAUUUUAUCCACAACCAAUUUGGAAAACUAGAUAUCUUGGUAAACAAUGCUGGAAUUUCUGGAGCACAAGUGGACGGCGAGGCUCUGGCUGAUGCUAAAGCUGCGGCAAAUGGUGGCAAGUUUGAUUGGAGUAAACUAAUAACUCAAAGUUAUGAACAAACUGAAGCAGGUAUUAAAACAAACUACUAUGGAGCCAAGGAAUUAACCAAAGCACUUAUUCCCCUUCUCCAGCUUUCAAGCUCACCAAAAAUUGUCAAUGUUUCAUCAUCCUUGGGAAAGUUGGAGAAAAUUCCAGAUGGAUGGCCUAAGGAAGUACUAAGUGAUGUUGAAAGCCUUACAGAGGAGAAAAUUGAUGAAGUUUUGAAUCAAUAUCUAAAGGAUUUUAAAGAGGGUUCAUUAGAAAACAAAGGUUGGCCUAUUAGUGAAAUGUCUACAUACAUUAUCUCAAAAAUUACUCUAAAUGCCUACACAAGGGUUGUGGCUAGAAAGUAUCCAUCAAUUUGCAUCAACGCUGUUUGUCCAGGUUAUGUGAAAACAGAUAUAAAUUGCAAUACAGGUUAUCUAACACCUGAUGAAGGCGCCGAAUCAAUAGUGAGGCUGGCAUUGUUACCUCAUGGUGGUCCUUCUGGUCUCUUUUUCAUUAGAAAAGAAGAGAAACCAUUUUGAUCAAGGAUUAUAUACGGUGAAUCAUGGGCUGAAAGCAAUCACUUUGAAUUGAAAAAAUUCUACUUGUACUGAGCUUGAGGGAAUAAAAAGUUUUCUUUGUUGUGAGCUAGUUAAUCGCGUUUAAAAACGUGAUUAAUUUAGUUGAAUAGAUGAUUGUAACAUAUUGUUCAAAAAAGAAAAGAUGAUUGUAACAUAAUAUCAGUAUGAAAUAUAAGUGACGCUUGCAAUGAUGCAAGAUCUAAAACAACAUAAACUAAAUAAGACAAGAUAUUACAUGAGCAGUGAUGUAUGCAGGGGGAAAAACCUUAUUAUAAAGUGCAUACUAAUAUCUUCCAUAAUAUUUAAAUCAAUGUAAGAUUAUUUCAUACAUAUGAUUACGUUAGGAUGUUA